ACCAAAAAAUUGUGUAUACAUCCGCUGUCAAGGUUGAUCCUUCAACGUCUUAUUGUGAUUUUUUUUAUCAGAAAUGAUGACAGAUUUAGUGAAAAUCGUUACUUACGAUGACUCUUCCAUCCAGACGAUGAAAUUUCCUCAGAAAUUGUGGAAAAUCGUCAACGAUUGCGAGAGUGGUGCCAUCCUCUGGAGUUGCAACGGUCGCUCCAUCCUCCUCGAGUACACACUAUUCCAGGACGAAUAUUUGACACCAAAAACCUCGAUUUUUAAGACCACGAAUAUCACCAGUUUUAUCAGACAGCUCAAUUUAUACGGCUUCCGAAAAGUAACUUCUCAUCAUCGCGAUCCUGUCUGCAAUUCUCAGAAUCCGGAUAUGCACGAGUUUCUACACGAGAACUUCCGGUCUGAUCGGCCUGACCUUUUGCCAAAAGUUUGUCGAAAAAUGAAUGUCAAGAAAGAGGCCCAGAAAGAGGAUCCAGAUUCGAUCUUUAACCAUUCGGAUGAAUUUGAUUUCCCUCGCAAAGGAGAAGAAAUGACACGACUCCAAAUGUGUCAGUUUGCACUGAAAAGAGCCCUGGAGCAAGCCCUGUUUCAAUACAAACAACAACAAAAAAAGAUCAGACAAGCUAAAGAAAAUGAAAAAUGUUCUGCCGACGAGGAAAAUUCCACAGACACAGCAGUAUUGACAUUCGAAAUUGAAGCGCUCGAAGAAUCGCAAGAAAAAAGUUCCAGUGAAUCUGAAACUCAAGAAAGUAUCGAAAAUGUAAUUUACGAAGUUCCUGAAUAUCAGUUUCUCGUCCCAGUUCCAGUCAAGACAUCAGCAAGACGUUUUCAUCCCUACUUUUUAAAUAGAAAUUUAUAAUUUAAAAUAAUAAUAUCAGUACUAAAAAUUAAUAAUAAUAAGUUCAAAGAACUAUACACCUCUAUAUAAUACAUAUUUUUGUCAUAGUCAAUGAAGUAAAAUAUGACCUUUAAUUUAUAUUAAUUGUGUAAAAAAAAUAGAUUUCAUUUAUU